ACUUCCAAUCGCUUUGGGAAGAUAUUAAGAAGGACGGAAAUGUGCUUUUUCGGUUAAAUAUUUAAUAAGCCUGCCUAAACUACGGUGUAGUAUGGGAUAAUACAAUCAGGGCAUAAUCAUCGUUAGCACUAGCUAGCUACUAGUUGCUACAUCUGCAUAUACAACGGCUAAUAAAGUGGAAGGGGAAUGAAGGGAUGCUGAAGGAAGCUGUUGUUGCCACCAUCACCGGCGGAGCUCACGUCAAAGCCAACCGAUAGCAGUGUCUGCUAACAAACCUUUGACAGUCUCCUUCAGAAGCAUAUCUUCACAGGACACAAAACACGCAGGAUGUAAACGAAGAGACAGCCAUAUGUGCACCUCAAGAAGAGAAGAUGGCACUGGUUGUGGUUGGUGCUCUCCUGUGCCUGUCCUGUUGGGUCUCUCUCUACUUUAUCUUGUGUAACGUUAACGCGUCAAGGAGCUACGAGUGGAACUGUCGCCUUGUCACCCUGGUACACGGCAUCCUGGCAGUCUGCAUCACAUCAUACAUAGGCUAUGUGGAUGGACCCUGGCCUUUCACUUAUCCAGGUACUAAAAACACUGCUCUUCAGAUAAGUGCCAUGGUUGUGAGCCUAGGCUACUUUAUUUUUGAUAUGGCCUGGUGUGUGUACUACCGCACAGAGGGACCCGUUAUGCUGGCCCACCACACCAUGAGCAUCCUGGGAAUCCUGUUGACCCUUUGGUUGGGGGAGUCUGGCAUCGAGUCCUGCGCGGUACUCUUUGGCAGUGAAAUCACCAACCCCCUCCUGCAGGCACGCUGGUUCCUCAAACAGACAGGACAUUACGGGACACUGCUGGGGGACAUUGUGGACGUCCUGUUUGUGCUGCUGUUUGUGAUGAUGCGAAUCUUUGUGGGAGGCACAAUGCUAUACUGUGAGCUGAUUUCCCCGAGGCCCAGAUUCUUUAUCAAGUGUGGGGGAGUGGCUAUGUACGCUCUAUCCUGGGUGUUUAUGGUGGACAUUGUUCGAUUUGCCAUUCGGAAGAGCAAGAGCUGGAACAAACAGAAGAGAGUCCAACAAAAGACAGUGGCAGCUAAUGGUCAUGAAGGGAAGAAGGACUGAUCGGCUUGUGCUUCUUUAAAGGAAAUCUGUGUCUUUGUUUUUCACUUUGGACGGGCAAGGAAAAGUACAAAGAAAAUCAACUUGUUGUAUGUUAAACUGAGUCGAGAAAAAUCCUGUGAGAUCUAUCUGUAAGGUCUAACACCUGCACAUUUUUGAAAUAAAUUAUGCAGAUAUUGCAGCUGAACACAUGUUUGAUUAUUGUGUAAAAUGUGCGGUUAACAAACAACACAGAUGUAGUUUAUGUCACUGAAAACCAAAGCACUUUCUAUAAACACAUGAACAGAGGUUGCAGUGAACUGUGGCCUAGUCAUAUGUGAUGGUUUUGAUCCAAAGGAAAGCUCAAUGUUAGGAAAGAGACAGUUAACAUGUAAUCCCUGUCCUCCUUGUGAUUCUGUGGGGUUUUUGGUGCAUGGGAAACUUUGCGCAGAUGUGAAAGGUGCACUCAGGGUGAUGAAGUCAUACCAGAAAGUUGGGAUGGACUCCAGAGAAAUGUGUGUGUGAUGUGUUUGAUUAAUUUGUUUAAUCUACUUUAUAGCAAUAUAUAUUGCAAUUCCUAUACACUUCUGAAAUCCUAUUCCUAAAAAAAAUGUCAUUCAUUUUAUUUGCUUUGUGUAAAAUGAUACAUGAAGAGAAAACCUCUCAAUUACAUAGUUCUACAGUGGCAAUGCUAUUAUUUUGCAGUCCAUUUGGAUAUAUGUUAACUCUAAAUAGCUUAAAAUGUUGGGUUAUAUUGUGUCAGAUUCAGAAUUUGUACCUUAUAUUAUAUUCAAUUAUUUGAAGUUUCUGAUUUCAAAGGAUCCAUACUUUGUACUGAUAGUUUAAUUUAAUUUAAUAGUCGUGGUUCAGUCUCACAGAGAUCUUGUCAGACAAGAUAAUUAAAUACAAUGUAUUAUGAGCUAUCUGUACAGUGUGCUGAUCUUUUAUCUGACUUCUUUUUCAGUUAUUAUGUUUCUAUGUUUUUGAUCCAGCACCUUUAAAUGUUUUUGAGAUGUACAAGCUCUACACUCCGUUUGUCCUAGAUAGAUGGAUAGAUAGAUAGAUCUAGUAAUCUUUAAGACAAACAUACAAUACUUUCAGAAGACGAAAACCUGUGGAAUCAUGCAUGCAUCUUUUGUUUCUAGCCCCUAACAUGUUAGUUUUUACAUUUAGUCUUAACACAAGGCAGUGACACACACAACUACAGUAGGGCUCGGAAAUAGGUAUCAUUUAUCAACUGUCAGUAAAAUCAUAUUGAGAUGAUAUAAUGAUAUUGGGUUAUUGUUUUGCAAAAUUGUGUUCCAUUCAUUCCAAACAUACUAACAUACAACAAAAAAAAUUUAAUUUUUUGGAUUUAUGUGUGAAGAGUUUUGUGGGAGUUUUAGUAUUUUAUGUGUGAUUUUGCCAUAAUGUGAUAUUCAUUUUCAGAAAAAUAUUCAUCUCAAUAUUGUGAUAUUGAUUCCAACCUUAUUGCCUGGACAGAACACACACGUGCAUUAUGGUAUAAAGGCAGGUGGAUUGUUAUGUGGAAAAAAUAUUAUGAUUGAGCCCGCUCUGCGACUGGAUUUGUUCCAUGCCAAGAAAGUUACCAAACUACCAGGUUUUUAUUGUGCUCAGACUUUAUAUCGGUGUUCUUAGUAUUAUGACAAUUUUUAGUUUGUUACUUUAGUGCACAUGGAUAUAUGCAGUAAUGUGCUAAAACGUCUGCCAUCCCUUUGUUUUCCUAUUUAAAUUUGACUGAGAUUUGAUGUGUUGCUGUUUACCUGGCUGCCACUGUUAAGUACUAUGUGAGCAUCACCACCAUUAUAUCCAAGAAAGUAAAAAUCUAACUGGUGUGUGCCUUAGUUAUCUGAAUGUACUUUCCUAAUGUUUUGUUUGGUUUUUGUCUUGUGCUGUACUGUAAACAUAAGUAUAGGAGUAAUGAAGAACUAUUUUCUGUUUGGGGUUUCAUGAUUUGCCUUUGUAAUCUCUGCGUGAAGUCAAAUAAAGAUGUGAUAGAUUGUUUGUAUGCUUUUAAAUCAAUUUUAAACGACAAAAUGUAAACUAAAACUAAGGGAUCAGCUGCAUUUGCAUCAUUAAAUGCCACCGAUACUCA